GUACGUAGCUUAGAAAAUUCUAUCACGUAAUAAGUAUAUAAGAUUAAUUGAUGGGUACUUAAUUUGCAAGGCAUGUCAUUAAAUGCUUACACUUCAAGUGCAUCUCUAUACAAUAAACACAUGCAUCGAUAUUAAUAUUUUCAGAAUUAUCUAUCUAUCUAUAUAUCUAUCUAUCUAUCUAUCUAUCAUUGUUCUUCAUCUAGCUCCGAUUCAUACCUUACCAUAAAAUAAAAUGAUUAGUCUCAAAUAUGCAUCAUUCGUCUUGUUAAUCUCCGUCGGGUUAUCCUUAAACUCGACUAAUUAUCUUAGUAAUUAUCCUCCGCUACUAUCCUUGAAACACAUCUACAAGGUUGCGCCUAACAUUAACAUGAUGUUAAGCCGUCAUCAUGGACAUGGAUCACAUAAUCAUCAUCAUCAUCAUCAUCAUCAUCAUCAUCAUCACAAAGAUAAAGAUGAUCAUCAAAAUAUAACAGUCAAUAUUUGUGAUGAUUUCCCGCCAGAUUUUCCUCCUGCUGAUACCAAUUUGACAUCAAUAUUGUGUGUUGAUAGUAAAGGAUGUUGUAACUACACAACGGUUCAAUCUGCUGUGGAUGCUGCCCCUCUUCUUAGCCAGAAAAGAGUCAUUAUUUGGAUCAACUCGGGUUUGUACUAUGAAAAGGUGAUGGUUCCAAAAAAUAAGGCAAACAUAACCUUCCAAGGGCAAGGGUAUACCUCUACCGCUAUUGUAUGGAAUGAUACAGCCAACUCUGCUCAUGGCACUUUCAGUAGUGCUUCACUUGAAGUAUUUGGUCCUAACUUCGUUGCUAAGAACAUAAGUUUUAUGAAUGUAGCUCCAAUACCUAGUCCUGGGGCGGUAGGAGCACAAGCAGUGGCUAUUAGAAUCGGGGGAGAUCUAGCUGCCUUUUGGGGUUGCGGUUUCUUUGGAGCUCAAGACACACUUCAUGAUGAUAGAGGCCGCCAUUACUUUAAGGAUUGUUAUAUCCAAGGUUCAAUCGAUUUCAUCUUUGGAAAUGGAAGAUCAUUUUACGAGAAUUGCGCAUUGAUCUCCAUAGCAAGCCCAAUUCCAGCAGGACAAAGAAAUAUAAACGGAGUAGUAACCGCGAGUGGAAGAGGGUCUGAAGAAGAGAAGUCUGGGUUUGUAUUCUACAAUUGUAGUAUUGGAGGAACAGGUAGAAUUUGGCUUGGACGUGCAUGGCGUUCAUAUUCUCGUGUACUCUUUGCUUACACCACCAUGUCUGAUAUUAUUGCCCCUGAGGGCUGGAAUGACUUCAACAACCCCAACAAUGACCAGACUGUGUUCUACGGCGAAUAUAUGUGUUCAGGACCCGGCGCAACUUCCACUACAAGAGUGCCUUACGAACAAAAGCUUAAUCAAACAAUAGUUGCUCCUUUCCUUAAUCUUACAUACAUUGAAGCAGAUCAGUGGUUGGACUCUUAUACUACUAACCUUGUACUCCAUUCUCCUACUCCUACUCCUACUACUCCUACUCCUACUCCUACUCCUACACCUUUUUUGUAAUUUUUUUCUAUUCUACGGAAAAUGUACAUGUUUACCUGUUAUUUCUGAUUUUCAAAACUAUAUACUCUAGCUUGCACUAAUUAAUGCUGAUGAUGGAUGGAUGGAUGGAUGGAUGGAUGGAUGGAUGGAUAUUAAUAUAUGAUGAUAUUGUUUAUAAACAAUGGACAGUACUGAUGUUGAAUUAGGGAACCAAAUCAAACAAAAAAGAAGGAAUAUCAGGACUCCACUAAUUACAUCA